AGGAGUGUUUGUGUGCAGUCAGUACAAACCCACAGGACUACAUGAAGGCUGGAGUGGGAGGGAGGACAGGAGGCAAAACAUGGCGAAAUAACAAGUUUUGCUCUUAUCGGCAGGUAGAAACUGCACCACAUAUUUCACCAUUGGACUACGUUUUUUUAACCAAUUUGGACACCGGAGAAGGACAGCAACGGUCAACUUUAAACGAGCUGAUUUAUCUAGCCUAUGAGUUAAUGGUGGCUGUCGUGAACAUUUGCUGUGUUUCCCCCGGAAGGUUGGCAGAGCUAGGCGCGACUGUCAACACCGCAAAUGGAUUAAGAGGGAAAGUUUUUUUUAUUUAUUUUUUUAUUUUUUGGGAAAAAAUACAGUUUAGCUUGCUAGCUUAGCAGCGUUAGCGCGAGGAUCGUAUGUGCACACCUGAGUCGGGUUGUUCCGAUUACUUUGGGCUCGGGUAAAAAAACUGGCAAAUAACAACUUUGAGCAAAAGGGAACUGUAUUUCCAACGAGGCAUUUAUUGUAAAAUAUCCGCUCUUAAGUAACUGUGGCGGCACAUCCAUGUAAGGCUAAUAAUGACAGCCUGACGAUCGGUUCUGGUGCGGACGGACCCGGACGCCAUCAUAUCAGACGUUGUGUUCUUCUUAAAAGCAACCAUUGCGUUUCAAUGGCGUAAAUGUCUCAUACUCUGUCAGCACAGUUAAUGUUCCAGCGGGACAUUAUCUGGUAUUGUUUCUCUCUCUGCGUGUGUUUGUGUAUUAAAUGUAACAUUAGCUGGGAUGUUUUUCAGCAGCAGAGACGCAGCGUCUUGUCAAAAUGAACGCAGUAAGGUGUUCAACAACAGCGGAGGUGCAUUCUGCCAGUUGUUAGAUUAGCGUUUAUGACCAACCAGCUGGCACGCUAACAAAUACAAACAAACAAACAAACAAAAAACAUUUAAACUGAGCUUAUUUUGUUUAUUUUUAUCUGCAGAUUAUUCUGUAAAACUCCUGCGGAUAACACCACAGCUGUCGGCCAGAGUUGAUGUGAGCUAGCCAGCUGGGUGCGUCUGUGACGGUCUUUCCUUGUGAUGGAUGUAAUUGUUCCGCAGCAGCUUCAGUUCGUUUAAAGAUCCGGUUCACUAAUUGGUCUCUGUAGAUUCGGCCGCUAUAACCUCGUGAUUAGCCACGGAUUUUCUCCCCAAAGUUCUCCUUGUUGAAUAAGAGUGGCUUACUUGUUGGUUAACGUCAUAAGUUUUCUAAGCUAUGUCUGAAAACGCCCCCACACGAAGCCUGGACGACAUCGACCUCGCAGCUCUGAGGGAUCCAGCAGGAAUCUUCGAGCUGGUUGAGGUUGUUGGUAAUGGCACAUAUGGGCAGGUGUACAAGGGCCGUCACGUGAAGACAGGCCAACUGGCUGCCAUCAAAGUGAUGGAUGUUACAGAGGAGGAAGAAGAGGAGAUCAAAGCAGAGAUCAACAUGCUGAAAAAAUACAGCCACCACCGCAACAUAGCCACGUACUAUGGUGCCUUUGUGAAGAAGAGCCCACCAGGACACGAUGACCAGCUCUGGCUGGUGAUGGAGUUCUGUGGAGCAGGAUCAGUGACCGACCUGGUGAAAAACACUAAAGGCAGCUCUCUGAAGGAAGACUGGAUUGCUUACAUCUGCAGGGAGAUCUUAAGGGGCCUUUCUCACCUUCACGCCCAUAAAGUUAUCCAUCGAGACAUCAAAGGGCAGAACGUGCUGCUAACGGAGAAUGCAGAGGUCAAACUUGUGGACUUUGGGGUGAGUGCCCAGUUGGACAGAACUGUUGGACGCAGGAACACCUUCAUUGGCACCCCUUACUGGAUGGCACCUGAGGUUAUUGCCUGUGAUGAGAACCCUGACUCUACCUAUGAUUUCAGGAGCGAUAUUUGGUCUUUAGGAAUAACAGCCAUUGAGAUGGCAGAAGGAGCUCCUCCCUUGUGCGACAUGCACCCGAUGAGAGCCCUGUUUCUGAUUCCCAGGAACCCCCCUCCAAAACUUAAAUCCAAAAAAUGGUCCAAGAAAUUCAUAGACUUUAUAGAGGGCUGUCUGGUCAAGACGUAUCACAGCCGUCCAUCCACAGAGCAGCUGCUCAAGCAUUCCUUUAUCAGAGAUCAGCCCACUGAGCGGCAGGUCCGAAUUCAGCUCAAGGACCACAUCGACCGUACACGCAAGAAGAGAGGGGAAAAGGAGGAGACCGAGUAUGAGUACAGCGGUAGCGAUGAGGAUGAAGAAAAUCGUGGCGAUGACAGAGAGUCAAGUUCGAUCCUGAACGUGCCUGGUGAGUCCACCUUAAGGCGAGACUUCCAACGGCUGCAGCAGGAAAACAAGGAGCGCUCGGAGGCUCACAAGAGGCAGCAAGCCCAACUGGCAGCUCAGCGCCGCGACCCUGAAGAGCAUAAAAGGCAACUUUUGCACGAUCGACAGAAACGCAUUGAGGAGCAGAAGGAACAACGUCGUCGACUUGAAGAGCAACAGAGAAAAGAGCGAGAGAUGGUGAGGCAGCAAGAAAAAGGUCCCCACCGGAGACUUGACGAUAUGAGACGGGAGGAAGAUAGAAGGAUGGCAGAGAGGGAGCAGGAGUUCAUAAGACACAAGUUAGAAGAAGAACAGCGGCAGUUAGAAAUCCUUCAGCAGCAGCUGCUUCAGGAGCAGGCACUGCUAAUGGAGUAUAAGCGCAAACAGCUUGAAGAGCAGCGUCAGUCGGAGCGGCUGCAGAGGCAGCUGCAGCAGGAGCAUGCCUACCUGGUGUCUCUGCAGCAACAACAAGAAAAGAAGCCACAGCUUUAUCACUACAACAAGAACCUGGAGCCCAACAACAAGCCGACCUGGGCCCGUGAGGUGGAGGAGCGAAGUAAGCUGAACAGACAGGGCUCACCCAAAAUCUGCACCACAGUCUCCGACACGGCCAUCCAGUCUCGUUCUGACUCAAUCAGCCAGUCAGGAAUGGUCCAGUCUGCUCAGACCCCACCCAUGCAGAGGCCAGUUGAACCCCAGGGUGGUCAGGGGAAGUUCCAGAUGGCUCACUUGGUUCCGCUGAAGCCUUACGCUGCCCCUGUCCCUCGCUCUCAGUCCCUCUGUGACCAGCCCACUAAGAACAUGUCCGCCUUCCCCACCCAGGAUCCCUCCCUCACCCCCACUCCUCGCCCCACCCACUCCAGGGAGCUUGUACGCCAGAAUUCGGACCCCACCUCUGAAACCCCUGGACCACAGGCACAUCAGAUCAGGGAGGAUCGUGGCCCCUGGAUCCGCCUCCCAGAUGUUGAACUCCCACCCAAGAUUCCCCAGAGGACCGCAUCUAUUGCCACAGCUCUUAACACCAACCUUACCUCUGGCAUCAGGCACCCAGUAAGAGCCAGCAAUCCAGAUCUGAGCCGCAACGAUCGCUGGGAGAGAGGAGACAGCAUGAGCAUAAUUUCCAAUCUGCCCCAGACUGGCUCCCUGGAGAGGCAUCGUAUCCUCAGCUCCUCCAAAAUGGAAUCGCCCAUCCUCUCUCGUGAAAGUCGCCAUAAACCGGGAGAGUCGCGAACCUCCUCCCGUCCUGGGCGCCCUGCUAGUUACAAGAGAGCAAUAGGGGAGGAUCAUGGCCUCUAUGCCAAGGAGCGUGCCGAGGAGCCACCGAGGCCUCCUGUCAAGGCCAAUGAUUACUCCUCCUCUUCAGAGAGCAACGAAAGUAGCGAAGAAAGUGAGAGUGGCGAGGCAGCAGAGGAGGAGGAAAGCCCAACGGAUCGUCACAGGGAUGCAGACACCGAUUCGGUCAACACCAUGGUGGUUCAUGAAGACGAAGGCGAGGCAGAGGGGGAGCAAGCAGGAGUUUAUGGGGACCAGACCAUGCUGGUGCAGCGGACCCCAGAGAAGAGGAGCCAUAAUGGAUACACUAACUUGCCAGAUGUGGUGCAGCCUUCCCACUCUCCCACUGAAUCAGCCACUCACUCCUCUCCUGGGAAAGACUCUGUUUAUGAUUAUCAGUCCAGAGGUUUGGUGAAGGCAUCUGGCAAGUCUUCCUUCACUACUUUUGUAGAUCUAGGCAUGUACCAGACUCCGGGAGGAACAGGAGAUAACAUGUCAAUCAGCAGCUCUAGGUUUGAGCAGCUGAAGAUGGAAGUGAGAAAAGGAUCCAUGGUGAACGUUAAUCCUACCAACACACGGCCUCCCAACGACACGCCCGAGAUCCGCAAGUACAAGAAGAGGUUCAACUCUGAGAUCCUGUGUGCUGCACUGUGGGGUGUGAACCUGCUGGUGGGCACAGAGAACGGCUUAAAGCUGCUGGACCGCAGCGGUCAGGGGAAGGUGUACCCCCUCAUCAACUCCCGCAGGUUCCAGCAGAUGGAUGUCCUGGAGGGUCUCAACUUGCUCAUCACCAUAUCAGGCAAGAAAAACAAGGUGCGUGUGUACUACCUGGCAUGGCUGAGGAAUAAGAUCCUCCACAACGAUCCUGAGGUGGAGAAGAAGCAGGGUUGGACCACUGUGGGGGAGAUGGAGGGCUGUGUGCACUACAAAGUGGUGAAAUAUGAGAGGAUAAAGUUCCUGGUGAUCGCUUUAAAGAAUGCAGUGGAAGUUUAUGCUUGGGCGCCCAAACCUUAUCACAAAUUUAUGGCCUUCAAGUCGUUUGCAGACCUGCCACACAGGCCUGUGCUGGUGGACCUGACGGUGGAAGAAGGCCAGAGGUUGAAGGUGAUUUACGGGUCCUGCGCUGGCUUCCAUGCUAUUGACGUGGACUCUGGAAACAAUUACGACAUCUACAUCCCUGUUCAUAUUCAAAGCCAAGUGACCCCACACGCCAUCGUCUUCCUGCCCAACUCGGACGGCAUGGAGAUGCUGCUGUGCUACGAGGACGAAGGCGUUUAUGUCAACACCUACGGGCGCAUCAUAAAGGAUGUGGUCCUGCAGUGGGGCGAGAUGCCCACCUCUGUUGCUCACAUCUGCUCAAACCAGAUCAUGGGCUGGGGGGAGAAGGCCAUCGAGAUCCGCUCAGUGGAGACCGGUCAUUUGGACGGUGUCUUCAUGCACAAAAGAGCUCAGAGGCUGAAGUUCCUUUGUGAGAGGAACGACAAAGUCUUCUUUGCUUCAGUGCGUUCUGGAGGCAGCAGCCAGGUGUACUUCAUGACUCUGAACAGAAACUGCAUCAUGAACUGGUGAAGGAGCUGCUACCCGGGUCGGCGUGUGAAACCGACAGGGUCAGAACCGAGUGCAUCUGACAUCCUCUCUAACGCAUGCACACCCUCGUGAACAACACUCCCUCUACAGUUCCCACAUACUUAGAGUUCCCACUGCUAAGACAAAGUCUCACAGAACACACACACACACACACACACACACACACACUGCCUGAAUCCAUUCCAGCCUACACUCCCUAUGAUGCAGUUUCAGCAGAGGCUGUCUGAUGACAGGCUGCCUGGAAUCAUCCUGAAUCAUUGCUGAUGUCCUAUGAUUUGAAGUUUAUACAUAACCUACCUUGAUUUAUUUGAACUUGUCUAGUUUUAACUAUUUUAGUUCCUAAUUGUUAAAUACGUUAGCAUUCCUUGUGGCUCCGCCCUACAUUUUAGGCAGGCAUUAUUUUCAGAGGAAACUGUAAAUAUCUUUCACCUGACACUUGGCUCAGAUUCAUCCUCCAGCUUCUUGCAGAGCCGCCGUUCUGAGAGGUAAAUAACGCUGGAACCUUCAUCUGCUGUGGGCCUCGUCCGCCAGGGUCAAACGGCUGUAGAUGACCACCAACACCUGCUUUCUGUUUUCUGGCCUGAAUGUCAAAUGAUGUUGCCACUGCAGAAAUUAGGCUUUAUGUAGUUAUAACAAAGUACAGUUUAAUAUAAAUAAAUGAUCAACCCGAUCCAAAGUCUGAUGAGUUUGUCACAAUUAAAAUCAGUUUGGAGAAACUUCCUGCUUUUCUUCCUAUAGUUUAGACUUUAGUCUCAUCAGACUCGUGUCCAUUUCCACAGGUUUAUGAAAUACAGAUGGAAUAUUUAUAUGUAGUGAUUCAGUGUUAGUGUUAGCAUACUGGUUUUCUUAAUUUUACUGUAAUAUUGCCAUACUAUUGCAAUAUAUUCUCAUGAGUCAUCAAAGAGCUUGGCAAUAUGGAGACAGCUUUAGAGAGGAUCAGCUGUCUGAGGAAGUAACGAAGAGCGAGCUCUCCUCUGCUGUACUAUAUUUCAGUUCUUUGGUUCGUUAGUGUGAGAGCUGUUUGGUCCCUGGAGUCGCUCUCUUUUUGACCCGCUGUGGGCCCGUAGGACGAUCAAGACGAGCACUUUGAUGAACACGGCUGCAAUCACGAGACUUCAUGUAGAUUUUAUAUAUUUACAUUCUGCCAAAGUUCACAUUGCUUUGCGUCAUGGGUUGAAUUAAGGCCAAAGAAAGGAGAGCAUCAGUGGAGGUUUUCCCCACAGAUCACUGACCGAGGCUUUCCGUGUGGUGUGAACCCACAACAGGAUCGUGAUGUUCCUGAAGGUUUCAGUCAUUUCAGGGUUGGACUGAAAAUAACAUUUUAUUAUUAAUCUGAAGCAAAUAUCUAUAAUCCAUUCAUCUUGGUUGACGGCUAUGGGGAAGGGCAGAAACACGGGGAGAGAGAUUCCACACAGCUGUAAGGAAAACCGAAGGACUUCAGGUUAAAGAGCGUAAAAUCAAAUGUGAUGUAAAUGGUUAGUUUCAAAGUGAGAGUAUAGAAUUGUAAAUGGAAAGCACUUUCACUUCAGUAAACAUACGUUUACACAUAUCCGUAUAUAUUAUAGAUAGUUAUGUGUGCAUGGAAGCCAUUGAAAUAGAUUCUUUAGUACUGUGUCAGAUGUUUUUUCCUUCCGUUUUUUUGUUUUAAUACUUUUUUGUGCCAUGAGCUACAGAUCCUCUCAUUAACCCACCUGGGGCUUCUUAUUUUACUUUACUAAUCAAUCUGUGAUCAUGUUUACAGCUUAAGCAGUGCCUUGGAGUUGGGAAGAUGAGAAUUUGUAAGAAGCGUCAAGAACCCAGUUUGUCUCUUGCUUGUAAUCUAAUAAAGAGGCACAACUCUUUGCUCCCUAACCACGAUUAAUAUUCGGUGCCAGUGAAGUGCGAUUAAAUGAAAUCCAGACUACCCCUUAGACAAAGUUUAGAUGCUUUUUUAUUUUUAUUUUAUUUUUGGGCACCACAGAUGGAUGGCCCAAACCGAAAAUCAAAAAGUGGCAAUAAAAGAAAAUUUAUGAAACGUUUAUUAGAUCUGAUGGGAUCUACUCAGAGAAAGCCAGCAUAGAGAAAAGCCAUUAAUGAGACAUAUUUGUAGAAGUGUGUGUGUGUGUCGUCAGCUCAGACAAUGGUUCAUGCUGCACAGAUAAAAUAAGUGUUUAUUCUGUAGUGAUGUUUGUGACAUGGUAGUGGAGAGACUAGCCUAUUUUAUAAGAUGUGAAUGAGAGCUGAAAGUGAAUGUACAUCAAUAAAACAGGUUUGUAUUUAUAUACAGUUAAUCGAAGCACAAUGUAUUUUAAAGCAGAGCAGUCAAAUAUAUCUGAGCAUUACCAAGAUGGGUUUUUACUUUGCCCUUCAUCCCGUCGGUGUUUGAGUCUGACUAAAUCAUGGACUAGUGGUGGUUGUGCUAGACCAGCAGGUGAGUCGGCUGUGUGCACGUCGCAGGGUUCAGGGAGGUUCUAGUGAGCAGAAGAGUCCGCACGGACACUCGCUGAUGAUAUUCUCAGGUGGUCAUAAGCAAGUGCAGCAGGGACUUCAAAAUAUUAACUAUGGAAAAGUGCUAAUAAAAUGAAAAGGCUGGUUUAGGAGAUGUCUGUUUUAAAAUGUCAAAAUAAUCAAAUUUUACACAAAACCCUGAAGUUUUACAGGCUGUUAAACAACAUCCCAGAUGAAAAUCAACCAAAGCAGUGACUUACACUCGUUUAACACGCGGAAAAGGUGUUUAUAUUCUGACUUUGAUGGUUUAGUUGUGAUUCUGUUAUAGAGCAGAGUGUUAGCUCAUUUUAGCAAAUGUGCUAAAACUGCUGCAGAAAUGCUGUACAUGAUUUGGUUUGCAAAUUUGGUGCUUGAUUUGUGUGUGUGUGUGUAUAAUAUGUAUAUAUAUACACACACACGUGUGUGUGUGUGUUUUAAAAAGUUUAUUUAGCUAAUUAAGUCCAAUAGAAAACAUAUAAAACGUGAGUUUGACGUGAAAGCGUUGCAAACACCCAAAACACACGACUUCAAAAUGAAAUACAGGAAGACCUUACUAAUGGAAAAUAAGACUCUAUAGACUGAAAAUCAAACUAAAUCAGUCAAAAGGUAAAGUUGCCUUAAAAUACUGAACCUAGUAUUUCACUGAGCUGCCAUUAAUGUGGUUUGUAAUUGGUGGAAAGUUAUCCUUGUUUUAUUAGCUAUUUUCCUCUAGGGAUGCCCGGUUUAGUUUUUAAUUUUUGUCUCUGAUCAGUCAUGGUUUCAUCUCAUGGGUGACCCACAAUUCUUUGACUUAGACUCAUGAAAACCAAGAUGGAGAAGGGUUUCAGAUCCUUGCAGCAAAUCAUUGACAAUGGGAGAAAGCUUCGACUGAAACCUUUUCAAACAUUAAUUCAACCAACAAGAAAAAGGAACCCUGGAGAACAUUAUUGACCUUUUUUGUUUUUUACCAGCAGUCACAGCAGCUCGGUGAGAUGCUGCUUUCAUCCUACUGGCUAAUAUCAGCAUGCAGACGUUUCUACUUGAAGCUUUGGUUUGAAGCACAUUUAGGUUGUUGAAUUUCGUAGAAGCACCUUGUCUCCAAAAAAAAGAUCUGAACCCCUUUGGAAAAAAACUGCAUCCAUCAGAGCUGGAUGGAGGAGGCACUGUUGAGUUUACAGAAAUGUCCUGAUGCCUCUGUUUUAUAAGCAAUACGGGCGUUUAAUCAAAUCUAAACCCUGAAUGCCCAUCUCUGUGUGGUGUGAAGGUGAUCUUCAGUGGCCUUUGGCAGAAUUGAUGUAGGCUGGUUUUGUGUUUAAAAUCAUUCUCUUCUGUUUGGAAACUCUGGAAAUGACUUCUCUUAGUCAGUUUGACACAAUCACCUGUCGGGAUGACGACAAGUCACAAACUGCCUUCAUCACCAGGUUAGAAGUGGUUUUAGAGGAGAUACUCCCACAAAGCUCAUAUUUCUGGUCACAUGAAUGGACAGAUGUAGCUGCAGAGAGGAAAAGUGGGAGAGCUCUAAAUCAUCAGGAUAGACGAUUCCUUGAUACUUAUUUUUUUCAUUAUUGCAGUGUUUGAAUGUGCCCACAUCUGUGUUACUUGUAAGAGGGUUACUCUUAGAUUGUAUUUCAUAAACUUUAAUCUUUCAAGAUUGUGCUGAAUGACUUCAUGUCUUAAUACAGAUUGUUUGAAAAAUAAAAUUCCUUGAUCUCA